GAUGUAACUACCACCAUUACCCCAUUAUUUCCUGUGCCGAACUGAUCUGAUACCUUGACGUGACCAAUCCACCCUUCACCAGUCACCAUUCCCCACUUGGCUAUAAAUCCUUCUCGCCUUCGAUAAACCCAGAAAAGGGCACCAGUUACCACGAUUGAGCUCGCCCAAGAAACCCUUUAAAGCUUUUAAGUUUUAAAGCUCCUGCUCCUCUUUGUUCCGUACUUUAAUGGUGUCUUCGUUGCUGUAAUACUGAAUUCGCGACGGCCGCAAGCAAGAAGCAACUUUCAGAUCCGUUCCCUUCGUUCGAUAGGCCCAGUUAAUCUCGGGCUUCGCCUACGUCAGUCCCCACCUCAUUUGAUCGUUUCUUUAAUCCAAAUCCGCCUCUGUGCUUCGGUAAUGGCGGAAUUCGCGUCGAGGGGUUCUUCUUUGCGGCUCUCACCGCCUUGGAUCCGGUUCUAGAAACCCUUUAAAGACAAAAGCCCACCUUCCGCUUUUCAAACAAUUCCUCCCAAAAAAAUAAUUAACCCCCAAUAGCUUUCAAUCAAGCUACCAAAGAAGGUAUACAAGGACUUGAGAAUGACGAUCUUGGAAGGCGCAGAGCCUGUCAGAGUUGAAGAUUCUGAAAAGGAUCAAGAGAAUUCAGAACCGUUGAUUCCUGGGUUACCCGACGAGAUCGCCGAGCACUGCCUCCUCCACCUGCCCUACCCCUAUCACACGCUGGUCCGUUCUGUAUCUUCCUCUUGGAACAGAGCCAUCACCAACCCCAACUUUGUUCUAUCGAAGAAGACCCUCUCGCUAUCCUUGCCCUACAUCUUCGUCUUCGCCUUCCACAAAUCGACGGCCGACAUUCAAUGGCAGGUCCUGGACCCACGAUCAGGCCGUUGGUUCGUCUUACCACCCAUGCCCUGCGUAAAGCCCGUAUGCCCACCAGGCUUCGCCUGCGCGUCUCUCCCACGGCAGGGCGCGCUGUACGUGCUCGGCGGGAUGCGGUCCGACACGGAAACAUCCCUCCAGACGCUGUUGACGUACCGAACGUCCACGAACCGGUGGUCGUUGGCCUCUCCAAUGUUGACGGCGCGGUCGUUCUUCGCCGCCGGCACUAUCGGAGGAAAGAUCCUGGCCGUCGGCGGGAGUGGGGCGGGGUCGGAGGACACGAUCUCGACGGUGGAAUGCUACGAUCCGGAGAAGGACACGUGGGCGCCGGUGGCUAAAAUGCGCGCGGGGUUGGCAAGGUACGACGCGGCAGUGGUGGGGAACAAGAUGUAUGUGACGGAGGGGUGGACCUGGCCGUUCAGCUUCUCGCCGAGAGGUGGGGUCUACGACGCGGAGAAGGACACGUGGGAGGAGAUGAGCGUGGGGAUGAGGGAAGGAUGGACGGGGAUCAGCGUGGUGCUGGGGGAGAGGCUGUUUGUAAUAUCGGAGCACGGGGACUGUCGAGUGAAGAUGUACGUACCGGAUAGCGACACGUGGAGGUAUGUGGAUGGGGGGAAGUUUCCGUGCGAGAUGGUGCAGAGGCCAUUUGCGGUGAGCGGGGCAGAGGGGACGAUUUAUGUGGUGGCGCGUGGGCUGGAUGUGGCGGUGGGGAGGGUGGGCGAGGAUGGGGAGAGAGUGUGGGUGGAUUGGGAGCUGGUGAGGGCUCCCAAGGCGUUUCAUGACUUUGUCCCGUCCAGCACUCAGAUUAUCUAUGCUUGAUAUUUAUUAUAAGCCUUUCAAUUUAAUUCGCUUCCUCUUUUUACUGCUUUGCUUUUCAGACUUGAGAUGAGACCUGUUGAGAGUGUAAUUGGCCAGUCCUUUGGCCUCUGUAUAAGCUUCACCAAUAAACAUUGAUUAAAAUACACCAUCAAGA